AUGGAUUAUGAACCUAGUGAAGUAGUUUUUGCAACGACGUCAUCACCGACUGCGUCGGGCAUUGUAUUUCGCUAUGGACAACGCUCAAUCAAGGUCCCCGCUCCCCGCAGGAGGGGGCGACCGUUAGGAUCAAGGAAGGGAAAGACAACUGGUGCCAGUGUUGAUGGCCACAAACAGAAAGAUCAUGAACGAUAUGAAUUCGUCAAUCUGGGCAGUAACUCGACCGACAUUGAUCGUGAUACUCGUAAAUCUAUCAGAAAGAGGGUGAUGCUCAACCACACAUACAUUAACCAUAAGCGCAAAGGGACUUCUAUUGAAGAUAAAACAGAAAGAACAGCCUCUACGAGGGUACCUUCUUCGGAAGUUAUAGUUCCCCAACCUGGCCGCGUGGAUCCUUUCAAUACGCUAUCGAUUGAGAUUGAGCCAUAUAUGCACGAUCUACUCUCCUUGUAUAUUACUACCAUUUGGGAGACACUCUACUCGAUCGAGAAGAGGUGUGGCUGCAACCCAAUGACGAAUUAUUGGUUGCCAUUGGCAUUCAAUGACCCAGCUUUGCUGCAUAGUCUGAUAGGAUGUGCUGCAUCGUUUGUGAUGAUUGCCAACCGCUCUCACGGAUAUCCCUUCUUUGUUAGGCACUUGAAUGAAGCUAUAGCUAUCGUCAACCAGAGAAUGGCAGAUUCGGCAGGUUCGGUAUCCGAUGAAACCUUGGUCGUCAUUGCUAGCAUCGCUAUGAUGAAGCAGAUGCUAGGAUUUCACGAUGAAUGGAAUGUCCAUAUGCAGGGCUUGAAAAGCCUUGUCGAUUCACGAGGAGGUUUAGACAGCCUGAAUGAUAAACCGCUUAUUCAGGGUAAGAUUUAUCGUGCGGACCUAUGCGGCUGUGUAGCUGCCACGCAACGCCCUUAUUUCGGUGCACGUUACCAGGGUAUCGGCGAGUCAGGACCUCAGACAGACCACCUUAAUAACGGAUUCCGAGAACUCGAUCGGCUCUUGAACCUCGACAGCCUGCUCAAAGAGGCAAUCUGCAGUCUACAAAAUGCUACACAGACACUCUUCACAAUAAAUAGUAAAGACCACCAAGCCAAGGCAGCACAGGUCCGUUUCUGGAUUACUUCGACCCAAUACCGUCUCCUAUCAACUCGGUAUAGAGACUCGAGUAUUCCUCACCUGCAAGCUCUUGAGAUAUGCCGCCUUGCUCUCUUGCUCUUUACAGUAACUAUUUGCAAUGAGUUCCCACGGGGUGAAACAACCUCUGAUAUGCUUGUCGCUCAGCUUCGAAGGUUAUUAGACAAUGAUGCAGCAUGCCGGUGGUUGACUCCGGAAUUCAGCUUGUGGGCAUUAUUCCUUCUAGCAUUGCCUGUGACGGUGAGCAGCUCGAAGGGCUGGUGCCUGGCUUCUAUAUCGGCGGCUAUUUCCCGGAUGUGUAUUCGCCGAGAAGAACAAUUUACCCAAUUGUUGGCGACAUUUCUUCAUGAUCCUGAGUCGCACGCGAUGUCUUGUCAGGUCAUAUGGAGCGAAGUAACUUCAUGA